CCCACUUUAAUUGUUCGCUCAUCCGAUCGCGGACCCGCGGCUCUCGACGCUGAUUCGUAGCCUUUCGACUUGGUGCGCGUGUUUCGGCUAAGUUGGUUUUGUGACUUGAAAUGUGCGUGUGACCGAAGUUCGGAGUAUCCUCGACGAGACAGUCCCUCUUUGGGGGACCUAAAAAGGGAUUUGUGCCACCACCAUGGGAGUCAGGAUGCGCCACCCACUCCUGUGCUUAGGAGUUUUAACUAUUUGGAUAAGCACAGUCUGGUGUGGUAUCUCAGGUGGAACCGAAACAGAUGACUCUUCCCGGUCGUCAAGACAGUCACCAUCGGAUAAAGAAGUGGUUCUACACAUCAAUGACCCGGAGAAGCUACAAUAUCAUGAGCAGAACUUUGAAUCUAUGGCCUACGUAUUUGGCUACGAGGUCGGGCCAAAUGGACAGUUCCAUCACGAAAACAAAGGACCAGAUGGCAUCACAUAUGGAUGUUAUGGCUUCAUUGAUGCCGAAGGAAAACCUCAAGCCACUCACUACCUCUCUGAUGGUUGGGGAUUCAGGAUUGUCAAACCUGGCGAGCCAGUUGAAAUAUUUGACCACCCCCACGAUCCAAGUCAUGUAGACAUUGGUCCAAACGGCGAGAAAAUUGAGCAUCACGGAAUCCUCACAUCUUGGGAUAAACUUUACUUCCCAAAAGGAUGCGGCCAAGGAAAUUAUGGCAACUUCUCAGGAUCUGGAGUUUCCCAAUACCCAAGUCAGUAUCCUGCACAACCAGGAUUUCCAGGACAACCAGGUAUUCCAGGCAAACCUGGGAAACCUGGAACUCCAGGCCAACCUGGAUACCCAGGACAACCAGGAUUUGGUCAACCGGGAACUUUUGGACAGCCCGGAUAUCCAGGACAGCCUGGAUCACCAGGAAGCCCCGGAAUUCCAGGUCAACUAGGAUUUGGACAGCCCGGAUUCGGUCAACCUGGAUACCCAGGGCAACCAGGCACGCCCGGUAAACCUGGAAAACCUGGAUACCCAGGAACACCAGGGCAGCCAGGAACUCCAGGUCAACCCGGAUUCGGACAAGGCAUCGGCCAGCCAGGAUAUCCAGGACAACCUGGCCGUCCCGGAAGGCCAGGACAGCCCGGCUAUCCAGGUCAACCAGGUUUCGGGCAACCAGCCUAUCCAGGACAACCCGGAACACCAGGAAAACCUGGUCAACCCGGAUACCCAGGACAACCAGGAUUUGGUCAACCAGGAUACCCAGGACAAACAGGCUUUGGUCAACCAGGAUACCCAGGACAACCCGGAGCACCAGGGAAACCUGGUCAACCCGGAUACCCAGGACAACCAGGAUUUGGUCAACCAGGAUACCCAGGACAAACAGGCUUUGGUCAACCAGGAUACCCAGGACAACCCGGAACACCAGGAAAGCCUGGAAUCCCUGGCCAACCAGGAUUUGGACAACCAGGGUUUGGCCAACCAGGAACUUCAGGUCAACCCGGAUAUCCAGGACUACCUGGUACACCCGGCACACCUGGAAUUUCAGGUCAACCAGGUUUUGGACCAUCAGGAUAUCCAGGACAACCCGGUAUUCCUGGACGACCUGGAAAACCAGGCCAGCCAGGAUACCCAGGUACAGGAGGAUAUCCUACAUAUCCUCAAGGCCCUGACUUUGGCUCAACAGUUACACCAGGCGGAGUUGGAUAUCCAGGAGCACCAGGCCAGCCGGGUGCUCCAGGAAGUCCCGGUCAGCCAGGAUCACCAGGUGUCCCCGGAUCUCAAUACCCAGGUGCAGUGAUCUACCCGAUUCAAGAAUUGCCCGGUUAUCCAGCUGAAGGAGAGGAAGGACAAUACCCCAGUCAAAGCUAUCCAGGCUCACCAGGAAUACCCGGACAACCGGGGACACCGGGAUCUCCUGGGUCACCCGGCUCUCCUGGGACAGUCAUCACAACUUAUCCCGAAUACCCUGGAACUGAGGGCUCACCAGGCACUCCAGGCACACCAGGAUCUCCCGGAUACCCAGGAACUCCAGGCAGUUUUGUCAUAAUCACUCACCCCGCUCAUCCCGGAUUUGAAGGACAACCUGGUUAUCCUGGUACCCCAGGCUCACCUGGCAAACCUGGUGCUCCAGGCUCACCAGGAACUCCUGGAACGCCGGGCACCCCUGGCUUCCCUGGCACUGCGGGAUACCCGGGAUCUUUCGGUCAGCCAAGUUAUCCAACAACACCAAGCUACCCAGGUAAACCAGGAGCUCCCGGCACACCAGGUAUUCCUGGACGUCCCGGAAGUCCAGGGUCUCCUGGAUAUCCUGGAUCAUUCGGUCAACCAUCAUAUCCCUCUUACCCAGCUUAUCCUGGUCAACCAGGUUCUCCAGGGACCCCUGGAAGACCGGGAACGCCAGGCUCACCAGGCUAUCCCGGUUCCUUUAAUCAGCCCAGUUAUCCAUCUGCACCAGGAUAUCCAGGCAAACCUGGAACACCAGGUUCCCCUGGACUCCCUGGAAGACCAGGGACCCCAGGCACUCCCGGCUCGACAGGUUAUCCUGGAUCGAUAAAUCUACCUAGUUACCCAUCAUAUCCCUUGUCACCAGGCUCACCUGGAGCCCCGGGUCGACCCGGAUCUCCAGGGGUACCAGGUACUCCUGGAUAUCCAGGAUCGUUUAGUCCAUCAGGUUACCCGGGUUCUCCAGGGGCACCAGGAGCACCAGGAACACCAGGACUCCCAGGCAAACCAGGGACUCCCGGAUACCCUGGCUACCCAGGUGAAAUUGAGUCUCAAUACCCGAUUUCAGUGCCGACGACGAGUAAACCAUCAUACCCAGGUACCCAAGGAUACCCUGGAAGCUUCACAACAUUACAACCCGCAUACCCUGGUUCUCCAGGAUCACCUGGAGCUCCUGGUAGUCCCGGGCUACCUGGCUCACCCGGAAUCCCAGGAUCCACCAUUUUAGUUGGCCCAGAAUAUCCAAGCACCACUGUUACACCAUUGAAACCAAUCGUGGUUGAAUACCCAGGGUAUCCUGGUACCCCAGGGACACCUGGAUCCCCAGGAGCACCCGGCCUUCCCGGGCAAUCUGGAUCAAUUUACGAAGUAGAGCAGCCAGCUUACCCUGGCUCCCCAGGAUCUCCAGGAACCCCUGGAGCUCCUGGCCUACCAGGUACUCCCGGACGUCCCGGAUAUCCAGGAACAACUGGAUCACAGUAUCCAUCUUCUCCAGGAGUUGUAAAUAAGCCUAGUUAUCCAAGUUCUCAGGGCUAUCCUGGCACACCUGGCCGCCCCGGAACUCCGGGAUCUCCAGGGUUGCCGGGGACACCCGGUUACCCCGGAUCCAUCUCAUCAUAUCCUCAGUCAGGAUAUCCUGGAGCACCAGGUUCCCCGGGAAUUCCAGGAUUGCCAGGCCAGCCAGGCAUCUCAGAAUAUCCUGGAUCCAUUGAAAUAUUGCAACCUCAAUACCCCACUUCUACAGAAUUUCCGAGUGGGCCGACAGGCCCUGGAUAUCCUUUCCCCUCGGGACCAAGUCAAUCGGCUUACCCGGGAAGCCCGGGACAGCCAGGCAGACCGGGAGCUCCGGGAGCUCCAGGUGCGCCAGGAGUUCCUGGUUAUCCGAGCGGCAUAAUAACUCAAUAUCCAGGCUCAUCCUAUCCCACCUCAGGAUACCCUAGCUCAAUUGGUCAACAAGGAUAUCCUGGUUCACCUGGUGCACCGGGAAAGCCAGGCAUUCCAGGAAAGCCUGGUUAUCCCGGAUCUAGUUUCCUCUAUCCGAAUUCUUCUUACGCCCCAAGCAAGCCAGGAGUAAUUGGCUCCGGGCAACCAGGGUCCUAUCCAAGCUAUCCAAGCUAUCCAAGCUACCCAAUUUCUUCAGGAUAUCCUGGUACACCAGGGACUGCAGGAACACCUGGACUGCCUGGCACUCCUGGAUCUCCAGGACUCCCUGGAUAUCCAAGUUCAUUUGGCACUCCAAAUAAACCACUUUAUCCUGGCUCUCAAGUGUCUCCAGGUAUCUACGGACCUGCAUACCCCAGCUAUCCCGAGGAUCAAGAGCUUGUAGGUUACCCAGGAUCAGGUGGGUACAUCCCUGCCAGUCAGGUUGGCUAUCCUGGUUCACCCGGAACUCCUGGCACACCUGGAACUCCUGGCUCACCCGGAACUCCCGGUAAACCCGGAGUCCCCGGAGUGUUUGGUUAUCCUGGAUCUCAAUACCCAAGUUCGACUAGUAAACCAGUAUAUCCUGGCUCUCAAACUUAUCCAGGAUCCUCAGUUCUAACCACCUAUCCUGGACAGUCCGGAACCGUAAUAAGUUACCCAACUUCAUCAGGAACAUUCGGCAAACCUGGCUAUCCCGGCACUCCAGGAACUCCAGGAAGACCUGGGACACCUGGAUCGCCAGGUACUCCGGGGCAAUCCGGAUUCGGAUACCAAGAAAUUUACUACCCAGGGUCUGUGUAUGCACCUGGUUACCCUAGCUCAAAGCCUAGUGUAUCCUAUCCCUCUCAGGGAUCUUAUCCUGGAAGCCAACCAGGUGUAAUUUAUCAAGUUAGUCAGCCAGGGCAAAUUGGAUAUCCGGGCGCUUCUGGAAUACCUGGAGCACCUGGAAUACCUGGAGCACCUGGAGCCACAGGAUUACCUGGUCAACCUGGAAUUACUUAUCCUGUCCAAGUGUUCGAAACAUCAUAUCCGAGUUAUCCGGUGUAUCCGACACAAUGCUCAUCCCAGCAAUCGAGCUCUUAUCCAAAUGGAAUUGUGUCGUCUCAAUGCUCGCAGUAUCCAAUUCAAACCUUGUCAAGCUAUCCAACAGGACCAUCUGGAACAUAUUAUCAGCCUGGAAUUUCUAGUCAAUCGGGACUUUCUGGAGUCCCGGCAAGACCUGUUACAGAAACCCCUGAAGAAUCAGAGGUCUUCAGUCAAAAGCCUUUAAAGCCUGGUAAUCAGUAUCUACCUAGUCAGCCGGUUUCAAUCAAACCAAGCUACCCAUCGUCGUUCAUUCAAACGACUACAUCUGGGCCGAGUAUAAGCACAUUCAGUCCAGAGGAUAGUUCUUCUUCUUACAAACCAGGACCUGAAGAAUCAGUGCAGGUGACAGAGAUUUACUCAACAACUUACGACUCCGAGACUGGAAAACCUUUAACUACAGUUUCAUCGAUUCCCACUUUCGAUGAAUCUACAGAACUUCCACAAGAGAUAUCCUCCCUCUAUCCGGGGGUGACUGUGAGACCCGACUCUUCCUCCACUCCAGCCCCAGUGGACGUCAUAGCUUACCCGACUCCAGCCAAUAGUGGAUCUUGCCCUUGUUACUUGGUUAAACCUUUGAAUGGAACGAAGCCAGGUUCUAACGACAUCUCACCGGAGUUCAUCCAAUCACUGCCACCCGGCGCUUCCAUUGGUUAUAUUCCAGUCGUAUUUUAUCCAAAUUGCGGAAACACGACUGGUAAUGCUGAAUACGCACAACAUGUGUAUCCAUCAGCGAUCGUAAUGCCAUACUCAUGUGGAUCUUGCCAACAAAAAGAACCAGAAACGGAAGUUGGCGAAAGUAGUACUUCUAAUCCGUAUAUUUAUCGGAGGAACGGAGCCAAGCCAGGAAAUGCUGGCGUUGUUCUCGACCAUACUUACUCUAAGGGUCAGAUAAGUCAAUUUGGUGUUAGGACGAGGCCUAGGACUAUUGUAGUUAAAAGAAGAAUUUCAGAAAAACAAAAUGAGAAUCAACAAACUCAGGCACAAAGUAGCUGAAAAAGAGGUAAA